UAUACACACAUACAGAUAUCAUUAUUUGCAUAGCAAGGCAAUGGGGCUAGGAGUGGCAAAUAAGAUUCAUCAAAUUGGCAAUAUAGGAUUCCAUUUUAUUCGGUGAUACUGUAUUUUUUUUCUUUUUCUCUUGUGAUWGGGAAUUCGACUUGAUUAGUUAUUAUUAAUCUUACACCAUUUCGAGUUGUAAAUCAUACUCUUUUGAAUUGAACCAAAAUUUAAUAACACUGCAUGAAAUGGGAAAUUACGAGGGACUAAAUAACCUUAUCAGCAAAGGAUAAAUUGAUCAAUCUCAAUAGUGAAAUGUUUUAAAGUUUUUUUACUUAUGUCUUGCUUGUUUGCAGAUAACACUUUUAGAUGACACCUACAAUGGGUACAUCAUGUUCUACAUUGCCCAAGGAAUGACGUAUCUGCAUGAAAAGGGUGUAAUACACCAGGAUCUGAAGCCUGCAAAUGUUAUGAUAGAGGACAAAACCUUGAAACCUAUAAUAUGUGAUUUUGGUGUCAGUAAGUUGAAAGAUGGCACAAUGGUUACCAAUGUUGGUGGCAGUAAUGCUGGGACACUGGCUUACCAGCACAAAGAGCAGCUUAAAGGGGAAAAACCUACCAUGGCUGUAGAUGUUUAUUCCUUUGKAGUAAUCAUGGGAGAGGUAUACAGCAGGAAAAAAGCAUGGGAUGGGAUGAAUGGACGGGAGGUCAUGAAUGCCAUAGAAAGGGAUGAAUAUCCCACCUUUCAGGACAUUUCCACUGGUGCUCAAGAAGUGMUGUCUCUCUGUUUUCAACCCCCAUCAAACAGACCUUCUUUCUUAGACCUUCUUCCUAAAUUAGAGUUGCUCAAUGAAGUUGAUAUUUGGUAAAAUAUUUAUUGAGAAAAAUGCAAGACAAGUGCCUCGUAAAUCUCUGUUGCAGUUUCAAGUUUCAAUACCCUACCAGUGAACUUUAUGAAUAAAUCGGCCUCCUCUUUGAAUGUCUGGGGAAGGUAAUCAAGGUCUUGACCAAGGUCAAACUUUUCUUUCAAAAAUGAAAUGUCUGAAUGGGACACUUCAUGCUUCAUAUCUUGUGCACCUGUUGGGUAAAAAGCAUUAUUUUAAUAAUAAAAAUUAAUCUUGUUGAAAUCUAAAAGUCAGCUUUGUGAGAAAGAAAUACAAGAUUAUUCAUUCCAUUUUUUUAAGAAAUUCGUUUYGAAUAAAGAUAUGUUGGCAAUA